AUGGUUCUCACUAACCAGACAAAUGCGAUUUCUAGAAUUAUUUCGGACAAGGAAAAAUCCAAAAAAGUAAGUUUAUUCUUUUCAUUUCCAUACUAUUUUUUUUAAUUUCAGGAAAAAGAAGGUUUCGAACUUUUUGUUGGAGAUAAAAUCGAGUUCAGCGAAAACAAAGGAGUUUGUGAGAUGAAUUCAGUGAUUUAUGCCAAGAAUGUUUAUAAAUUGACGUGUGAUUUCAAUGAGAAUCGAAUUCAACUUUCAUCGGGAAAAAAACAAAAAGGAAGAUUUGAUUAUGAGUUGAAAUAUCGACAAAAAACACCCACGAUGGUUUAUGUGACAAUGUGAGUUUAUAUAUUUUUUUCUACCUUUUAAAAAAUCGACGUGGAUUUUUUGGGUCAAAAAUUUGGAAUUUUAUAAAUUGCCACGUGUUUUAGCGCUAAAAUUUUGAAAAUUUCAAAUUGUCACGUGGUUCAUUUUGCUCUGGGAGUUUUUUUUACAAUUAAUUCGAAAUUUUCCCAAAAAAACUAUUUUUUCAGAAGAAAAACAAUCGAACCGCAGUGCUGAAAAAACAAAAAAUUUGGAAUUCGAAUCUCUUCAAAAAUGUAUGCAACAAUUCUUCGAGAAAACCUUGGAAGCCUCCAAAGAUUCACUAAAACAUUUGGAAAUUCGAGGAUCAAAUUCAAACGUGAAUCUGGGACCUUUGAAAAACUUAGAGAUUCUCGAGUUAACCAAUGUUUUGAAUGCCACAACUUUUGUGUCAAAAAUCACGAAACCAUUGAAUGUUCUUUCGAUUUUUGAUAAAAAUCCGAGAAAUCUAGAUUUUUCAAAAUGCGAAAAACAAUUACGAGAAGUUCGAGAAUCUCUAAUUCUCUCAGCAAAUUGUUUCACAAAGGAUAAUUAUUCAAAAAUCCGCGCAUCUCAAAUCGAAGUUCCAAUUGGAAAUAUGGAUGAAUUUAUGCUUGCAAAUAUCAUCGAAAAAUGGAGAAACAGUGAUUUGAAAGCGGAUUCGAAACGACAACAAUGCAUAACUUGGAAUAUUGAUAAAUCAAAAUAUUUUCAUUUGAAAAUGAUGUUUAAGCAUCUUGGAACAGAUUGGGAUUCUGAAGGUGACCGAUAUCAUGAAGAAAAAAAUAAAGCGGGAAAAGUAUUCAUUUUCCGAUGUAAAUUUAUGCACAAACAAUUGGAAAAUAUUAGUUCGAAAUUAUCAUAUCGCAAAGAUGGAGAAAUUCAGAAAAUUAGUUUUAAAUUUUCAUAUUGA